GGGGCGCAGAACACCCGGUACCAACUGAUAUGACGUCAUAAUUUUACUUCCUUGUUAUUUUCACUUAGUCGCCAUUUCGAUUGUAGUCAUGGUGUACAGAGCGACUACUUUGCGAGGGUUGGCCAACUCACAGAUGGUAGUUGGGGCUGUAAUGAUCGUGUUUGGAGUAGCAUGUAUUAUCUCCGCUCAACACUGGAGUUCCUACGUUGGUUUCGGCGUCUGGGUUGGCCUUUGGGUAAGUUUGGUCUGUUGCUUCCGCAUGUCGUGCGUACAAAUGUGCAUGACCGUUUCUCGAUUGUACUGAUAAAGCAUAAUUUGCAGUCUCUGUUUUUCACUUUUGUCUUUUGAUUUGCCUGUAAUAAGCUUUGAUAAAGUCACCCUAAAUCUUCCCAAAUUGUUGAUUUCAGUUCCUACUGGAAAUCGAAAUCGUCGCGAAAGACACGUGGGGAAUUUCGAAACUCUGGAAUUUGGCUUUCAUGUGAAUGAAGUUAUUAUUUUUGGGGCAGCUGGUCUAUAUUCCUUGAAUUUGACAUUUUGUUGCGUGAUUUUUGCACUGAAGUGAAGCGAGUUUGAACCAUAAAUUUUACGCUCUAAUGGUUUGGGUAACACGAUAUCUUAGUGACGCCUCAUCUGAAGGCUCUCAGCAAACCUCUAGGCUGGAAUUGGUGGCCUUUAAUUCCAUUGCAUUGUACAUAAUGUUGGAAUGAGGAACAUGAGCUUAAAAGAACAUCAUUGAUUGCCCAUGAUACAUGUGGAGUUCUAGAGGUUCCACAGCCUGCUGAUCCACAGUUUAUAUUAGUAACCCUCACUCGAUCAUCUAAGGGAACUAUUGGCACCAAAUCAGGCAACAUGGACUCCAUCUCCACUUUAGUUGGUGAAGCUUUAUUAGCCAGUCUUGUCUGAACUGAGUCCAAUAUUUAUGGCCAGCAAAAUAAAAACAAAUUUGUCUUUCGGACUUUAAGAAUAUACAUGUUAUUACAAUAAAUCCACAAGGAGAAUUCUUUUACUGCAUUCAAAAGAUCUUUCCACUUGUAUGUAUUAUUUAUAGGUUUUAAUCACCGGGAUUUUGGGAUACAUAGGAGCAAGAGAUGACUCAAUCCCAAACAAUUGUUUGGUGAGUAACUUGACCUUUUAAAGAAACCUGUAAUUAUUUUUUCUGGCCAUUUUCUCAAAACAAUCAUACACACAAGCAUGUAUAUUGGUAUCCCUUUUCCCUUGUAAUGAGAAAAAUGGGAUGGAAAACCCCACUGCAGUCAAAUUUUUCUCAAGUGUAAUCUUAGGUAUCUAUAAUGACUGACAUUCAUUUCAUAAAUUUAUCAAAAAUAAUGGAAGAAGAAAAAAAGUACCAAGAAAACAAGUAAAACAACACAGCAAAUUCAUCUUAUGCAUUGGUUAUACUGUUAUAUUUACAAACAUGCACAUAAUAGUUAUCCUGUAUAAUUUGGGAUUUUCAAAUCAGUUUAUGACUAAACAGUUUAAAAACUUUUUUUUAACCAUAAACAUUCAAACCAUUAACAUAAAGGUUUCUGCAUGAGAUGAUAAUCAAGACUGGGUGCUCACCAGUCUAUCAACUUUUUUUUACCCACAGUGCAGGUGCAUAUAUGAGGUUAGGCUUUAAAUUGUAUAAAUGUAGUAGAUAAAGUCAUGUGUUUGAAUUGUGUCCUGUGUUUUUUAUCAUCAGAUUGGAUGUUUUAUGGGUUUCUCCAUUUCAAGUUGUGUCCUCUCAGGAGCAAUGUUCAUCUGCUACUGCAUUACUCUUGCAAGCUACUCCGAUAUGAAGGCAUACUGUUUAAACUCUUACUAUAGCAACAGAUAUGAUGGUUCCUAUACCUACCAUGAUUGCUAUCAGCAGUAUGGCUUUCACAGAGAUACAGCAGUAAACGUGGCUGGUUUAGGUUCAUUUCUUCUUCUUAUCUCCUUGGGUGAGUUCUUCUUGGCCCUUGCAUCAUCCAUCUACUGUUGUACUGCAGUGUGUUGUGGUACCUCACCAGCAGUUGUGAGCAAUGUAAGUAAUUAUCACCUCAACCAUUCAGUUGUUAAUGUUAAAGUUAACAUUAAAUCAUUUUACUGAUUCAGAAAUAUAUAUUUUAUGGCCAAUAAAACUAGGGAAUAUCCACUGAUAUUUCCAAUUUUUAAACCUUGUGUCCAAUGCUAUGAAAGUCUACAUUUUAGAGUUGAUUAGAGCUGUUCUUGUAGAACAGUAUCUUGCUGUUUUUAUAGAAGAAAAGACCAACUUCCAUGUAUUGUAAAUGUAUAUUUUCCCUAGGUUGUGCUGAAAAUCUUUUUUUAUAUAUAUAUAUUUAUAUAGAGUGUGUAGCUUUACAUUUCCCCCCUUUUUUCUGGUAGCAGCAGUCGUGAAAAAUGCGUGAAGUCUCUGAAAUGCUGUCACUCUUCUUGGAUAGGAGUACAGUGUACAAGGAGAUGGUAAAUGACAAGUGACUGAGUCAAGCUGUUCACAAGUUUCAAAGCAUGUCUUUUUUCCUUUCCACAGUAGCUCUGUUGUAAACCAUCCUACCUAAAUAGUUUUGAGCAUUCUUUUGACUUCACUUGGUGAAAUGAGAAAUAAUCAAUUUUUUUAUAAAUUAAUGAUUUUUAUAUUUAAUGUAACUGAUGUUUCAUUACUGUGACUAUAGACAAGGACCAACCAGCAACUGAUGUGUAUACAGCCUCAGCACAUGUACCCAGGGGCACAGCCUGGUGUGGUUUUAAUGCAGACUGAUGCUGGUGUGGUGCCACAGGGAUACCCAGCAAUGGGCCAGCAACCUGUGUAUAUAGCCCAGCAGGUAACUAUAGAACUGAUUUAACUUAUGUACUGAUUUAUGAUACAAUCCAAGGACAAACAAAAAAGUUUGAAAUAAUGGAAGUUUGAAGGGGAGUACUAUAAGCACAAAAUGAUUCAGUUUAUUUUUGUGUUUCAGUGUUUUGUUUGUUUGUUUGUUUGUUUUUUUGUUAGAAAACAAACCACUUUUCUGUGCAGUGCAGUGUUUACAAUUGAAAAUCUACUUUAUGUAAAGUUAUCCAUCAAUUGAUACAGUCUUGGGUUUAAGAAUUCUCAUUUGGAUGUUACUGCAGCACCAAAGAUUGUGAAUGAUUGUGGGGCAAAAAUUUACUUUAGUUGAGUUGUGGUACUCAAUUUUUUUUUUGCCCUGUGCAUUUGACGAAAUGGAUAAAUGCUUUUAUGCCAUGUAAUCUGAAUUCAGUUAAUAUAUUCUAUGUCUAAAAAGGAGAUUAUUCUGUUCAUUUCACAGCCUGGGGUGAUUGCACAACCUGGGGUAGCCUUUCAGCAGCCUCAUUACUGGGCUGUUCCCUUAGGAUCCAACCCAGCUGAGGCAGUGACUGCGCCCUAUUCAGAUGCUGCCUCCCGAGGGCAGAAUCAAGCUCAAGUCCAGGUAAUUAUGCAUGAGUACAUAACUGUUUAAUGUUAACCAUUUACAACCUAGUAUUGAUAUGCAUAUUCUCCCUACUGUUCUCUAUACAUUUUCUAAGAUGCUGACAAGGAGAAUUUGUUAAACAAUGAAGAGCUUCUUUUGUUGGUAAUAAUUUCCUUCAUUCUCAAAACCUUAAUGUGUGAAUCAGAGCUGAUGUUGUAAGAAGAAAUUAGAUGCUAGUCACUCUUAGGGUGUGUCAAAGGGUUUAUGAGAUGGUAUGUCAUGUGAUCGUGGUUUAUCUAAUGUAGAGUUGCCUUGACCUCAGUUGGAUGAACCUUUUUGAAUAAAUGAUGAAACUGUCCCAAUAGCAUUUCUUAGAAUAGAUUGCCUCACUUAAUUUUUCCUUAGAUACCUGAGGCAGUAAAGGAUGAAGACAUGCCACCACCUUAUUCUUUUGCACUGACAGCCAAUGUGCCACCACCAGCUUUCUCUUCUGUGGAUGCCAAUCCAAACUAUUAGUGCCUGAUGUCAUUUCAUAAAUGAGCACUGACAUGUUCAUCAGGAGACCUUUGUAGUGCAAUUGGGGCAUACCUUGGAAAGUUUGUGUUUGUGAGUUCUUUUAGUACAGUCGAAUCGUAUUAAGCAUCAAAGUCCCAGGAUUUCCCCCUGAAAUAGUUAAAGAUUAGAUAGCUCAGUCAAAGAUUGAGAUUCAGUCAGAGUUUAUUAAGAGUCAAAUUAAUCUUGCAUAUUUUUCAAAAAAGUUUAUCUUUGUGAGUUCUUGUAGUAAAAAAUUGUACACCAUAAGUGAUGGCGAGUUGCCACGUCCUCAAAGUGACUGGUAACUGUUGUAAGUAUUUGACCAAAGUAGUACUUAAGCUUCAGCUGUAAACAGACUGUUUCUUAUGGAAUGAUUAUUAGUUUUUUAAAAAUUUUAAAAGGCAAGCUCUGUAGCUUCAAAAUAAUGUAAGUUGUAACCAUAACAUGUUGGUGCAAAAUUAAUAUAUUUUAAAGUAUCAAAGGAUGUCAAACAUGCUAUUUUUUCAUGUAGAUGGUUUGAAAUUGUUUUUAACCCUUUAACUCUUAGAAGUGAUUAAUGUAUAACUUCUCCAUAUAAUAUCCAUAAAUUAUCCAGCAAGCAGCUAAUGAGAUUGCUCAACCUUAUUAGUAAGAAGUUGUUACCUUUAUUGAACACCAAUUUCUCAUAACCAAUGUAUAAGGAAAGGUGUAGCAGCAAGAGGGGAGAAUUGAAAAUAAGAUCUUGGGAGUUAUAGGGUUAAAGGAGAAAAUGAUUUUUUGAACCUUUUCAACAAUUUAGUGGAUCAUCAGCUCAGAAUAUUUAACAAAGGCAAAGUAAAUAUUGUUGAAUAAUAUGCUAGAGGAAGUCAUAAUAAGUGGAUUGUUCAACAAUAAUUAUUGUACAUAUACUGUACUAUACUGAUAAAUUAAAAAGUAUUUCAUAAUUAUUCUCUACACACACACACACACACAAACACACAAUCAAAACAUGUGAAGUAGCCAUCAUGAAGAAGAAAACCCCCAUUUUUUUAAUAGCAGUGAAUUCAUGUGCUUUUCAAGUUUACUUUUAUUCAGGAGGAUGUAGCAAAGUGUAUGGAUAUGACCCCACUUUUCCAGUAAUUUAUUAUAAGCUAACUCGAACUCAGUUAACAGACUUGAACUAAUAUUACUUUUACUCAGCUUGAAUUUACUCUGAACUUUAAGUAAAAAUGUUGAUUGAUAAACUUUCAAGUGUUGGUCAUAGCUAACACUAAACUUCUCAGACUGUGCAUAUACAAAAGUCAUUUAUGUGAACUUCAGUUAAAGAAAUGAAUAUGAAAGCAAUCUUCACAAUAAUGAACACUACUUAAGCAGUAGGAAAAUUAAGGACCCAAAAAAAUAUCAAUUCAAACUAAUUUUCAUUUCCCUUGGGAGUUUCAAUUAUCAGGGUUCUACUGUUGUCAGAGAGCCUGUAUAAAUCCAUAUUUGAGGAAUAAUACUGAAGUUAUGUCCUACAUCAUUUUAUAAUUUACAGUAAUUACUUUCCAUGAUACUGCCGUUAAGAAAACCAUGAAAUUUUUGGCUUUCAUAAAUUCAAUCUUGUAGAGAAGCCAUGUAGCAUCUGCUAAAUUGCAGAUUACAGUAAUUUUCAAAACUUUUACCUUUUCAAAAUUCCCAUGACUGACUAAGUAAGACAGAAUAUCAAGCAGACAAGUGAUGAGAAUAGAAAAAAAUAUCAAUUAGGGGUUUGCUAGUUGAUCCAAUACCAAAUCCUCCAAACUACCAUCACUGGAACUGUAAGGCAAACAGUAAAAAAAAAUUAUUGAGAACUUGGAGUGAGAGGGAUGUAUAAGCAGGUUUAUUGCGAUUGUUAUAAACCAAAUGUUGCAUCGUGGCAUGUAUGCAAACUAUAAGCUUGUGAUUUUCAUUGCAAAAAGCAACUGAUGUAAACAAGUUUGAUUUCAUGUCAAAAGAGUUUUGUGUGUGGACCUUGUCUCAGGAAAUCUUAGGUCAAGCCACAUCGCGAGGUCGGUCAAUUUUUGAAACUUUCAAAAACUUAAAUAACUACGGUAAAUCUGUAAUUCUGGUUUUAAUGUGGGUUAUUUUCCGCCAUCAAAUAAACCCAUCAGCGUAGAAUAAUACUUGCCAAGGGCUGUAAAUUGUGUUUUGUGAAUCGUAACAUAUCAAGGUAAAAUAUUUUUUUCGGAACC